CGCCCAAGCAUGGUAUUCACUUCCGUGUUUACGACAGUCUGUGAGCCGGUGUUCGUUUACGGCAGGCAGUGCACGCACAUGUGUUUCCAGAGUCAACAGCGUGUCUAUUGAUAGUCCGUCUAUCCAUCUUUAAAGGGUCUCUAUCAUGUCAUUUCGCGGGGGUGGUGGUCGAGGAGGGGGUCGUGACGGUGGUUUUAACAGAGGUGGUCGUGGAGGAGGAUUUGGAGGGGGUCGAGGUGGCGGAUUUGGAGGGGGCCGAGGCGGAUUUGGAGGGGGUCGAGGUGGCAGAGGUGGAUUUAACAGAAAUCAAGACUAUGGCCCACCGGAACAAGUUGUCGCUGUGGGAGAGUUCAUGCACCCCUGUGAGGAUGAUAUUGUCUGUAAAUCUGUGACGGAAAACAACCAAGUCCCCUACUUCAAUGCUCCUGUAUACCUGGAAAACAAAGAGCAAAUUGGAAAAGUGGACGAGAUCUUUGGGCAGCUUCGUGAUUUUUAUUUUUCAGUCAAGCUCUCUGAAAAUAUGAAGGCAUCCUCCUUCAAGAAGUUACAGAAGUUCUACAUUGACCCCAUGAAGCUGUUGCCCCUCCAGAGAUUCCUCCCUAGGCCUCCAGGUGAGAAGGGACCACCCCGUGGAGGUAGAGGAGGAAGAGGUGGCAGAGGAGGUGGCUUCCGUGGAGGUCGUGGUGGUGGUGGUCGUGGAGGAUUUGGUGGAGGAUUUGGCGGACGAGGAGGUGGUGGAGGAUUUGGCGGACGAGGAGGUGGUGGUGGAGGAUUCAGAGGAGGCAGAGGUGGAGGCGGUGGACGUGGAUUCAGAGGUGGAAGAUGAUGAAGGUCUCACAGCAUGGGAUGUUUCCUUUCCUCUGCUGGAGAGACUUCCAGUGAGAAGCCAGAAGCAGCAUUUGGGGCCUAACAGAGUCUUAAGACUGUGAAUUGAUGCCUCUUUUGUACAGCUGAACUUUUUACUUUGUUUUGUACCAUAUUGUAUUUUUUAUUUUUUUUUAUUUGGUAUACUAAUAGGGCUGAUCUUUUAAGUUACCAUAUCCCUGUGUACAAAGAGGGCGGGUGUCUCCACAACCUUGACUGGUUGGUUUGCAGCUACUGAUGGUUGGGCUAGUACAGACUUGAACAACAUCAAGGUUAUGUAGUGACAAAAUGAUAAAGCCAACUCCACAGAUCAUAAUAAUAAUGUAACAACUUUUCAUUGUUGGAUCGUAAUGGAUAUUUGCAUUUACAGAAUUGCUGUUUGUUUCAUUUGAACUCCAGGUGCCACCACAAACUUGAAAAAUAAAAUCAAAGGUAUAUUUACUGUA